UAAGUAAACCUCAACUCUUUUCAAAAUCAGUGUACACACACACACAACAGCUUCAACACCACUUUCCUUGAAUCAAACAAAAUCAGCUCCACGGUGCAUAUAUGGGAGGCGUGGCAUCAGCUCCGCGGUGGACUACCAAUGCGCAACACCAACACACGGCGGAGUACUUGAUCGGAGGAUUUAUCGGAGAGAUUUCGUUCCCGAUUAACUCGGAGUUUUGGCAGCAAUUGCUUCUGCUUCCGUUUGAUCACAACUGGCCUUCUAAUCGUUAUCACGAGGCUUGCCUUAUUUUCGCACAGAACAAUUGCUUCACAAGGCAUCUUGCUAAGAUCUUAAUCCACCUAGCUUGGUGUUUACAAGCGCUGGUUGGUACUUCUGCUGUGCAAUCUGAAGCUUUAACCAAAGCUGUAAAUGCACUUCACGUCGCAUCUGUUUUCCUUAAAUACUUGAUUGAAAUAGCAAAAGGUAAUACUUAUGAGGAGCUGUACUUGUCUGUGGAUGAUUCUGAGGCAUUGCCUGACAGUUUCCCGAGAGAUCAAAGCAUUGUACAAUAUGUUAUGAAUAGUGUUCUAAAUUGUAUCGGAUCAGUAGAUGUAAGUUCCGAUACAUAUCUCCUACACCAUGGACUACUUGAUUUCAUGCUCGUUGCCAUGUCAACGCAGCUUCUUUCCGGGCCAUCACCAGGACCAGAUGAUUCCCACCCAUUCACAGAUGCAGCAAUGAUUCAGGAAAAAGCUGUAAUUAAUCUAGUAGUUCGCAGGCUGUUGCUCAAUUACAUGGCUCGGCCCCAGUUUCCUUAUACUACUGCUUCGUAUGCUAUAUUUACUGAAGGGAAUCAGCCUGGUGUUUUGCAGAGAGUUGGUUCCGCUGCGGCAAACUUGGUGUUGCUUCCCUUGUCUUUCAUCGUCAGUGCAAGCAGUGAAACUUCGAGAAGUCUAUUAGCUGAAAGCAGUCUUAAUAUUUUACUAAUCCUCAUUCACUUUCGGAAAUGUUGUUUACCGGAACCUGGGAAAUUUAAGUUUGAUGACAUGGCAAAAUCAGAUUAUCUUCUGAAAGAAGAAACCUAUUUCUCUGAUAACCCUUACUGCAAGGCCUUGGAAAAUGCAAGGGAUGUAGAAUUGGAUCGUACGGAUAUCGAAAGGAAUGCCCACGGUGGUCCAUCUAUACCUUUUGCUUCUCUCUUUGAUACUCUUGCCAUGUCAUUGGCAGAUGAAGGUGCUGUUCUUAUACUCUACUCACUGAUUCAUGGAAAUUCAGGCUUUCUUGAGUAUGUCUUGGUGCGAACAGAUCUAGAAACUAUGUUGAUACCGUUGCUGGAAACAUUAUAUGAUACUGCAAACAGGAGAUCGAAUCAAAUUUAUAUGGUGCUGAUCAUCCUUCUUAUACUAAGUCAGGACUCCUCUUUUAAUACCAGCAUUCACAAGUUGAUUCUUCCUACCGUCUCAUGGUACAAAGAGCGUCUUCUUUCACAAACUUCUGUGGGUUCUCUCAUGGUUAUAAUCCUCGUAAGAACUCUGAAAUACAACCAAUCUAAGCUGCGGGAUGUCUAUCUUCAUACGAAUUGUCUAGCAACUUUGGCAAAUAUGGCACCUCAUGUCCAUCACUUGAGUGCAUAUGCUUCACAACAAUUAGUUAGCUUAUUUGAUAUGCUAUUGAGGAGAUACACCAAAGUAGCAGAUCUGAAAAAUGAUAAGCUGCAGUUUUCCAGUAGUGAACUAAAGGAUGGUGACAGCCUCCUAGAUGACAUGCAGUCCUCAGAAUUGCAUAUUUACACGGAUUUCCUGAGGAUAGUUCUUGAAAUAUUAAAUGUCAUUCUGACUUAUGCCUUGCCGCGGAAUCCCGAGGUUGUUUAUGCAAUUUUACAGCGGCAGGAUAUAUUUCUGCCUUUUAAGUCUCACCCACGUUUUAAUGAGCUGCUUGAGAACAUUUUUACUGUACUGGAUUUUUUCAAUAGCCGCAUCGAUGCCCAAAAAUUGGAAGGUGAAUGGUCAGUGGAGAAGAUACUUAAAGUCAUAAUCUUCAAUUGCCGAUCGUGGCGAGGUGAAGGAAUAAAGAUGUUCACUCAAUUACGCUUUACAUAUGAACAAGAGAGUCAUCCUGAGGAAUUCUUCAUUCCAUAUGUGUGGCAGCUUGUUAUGACUCGCAGCGGUUACAGCUUCAAUUCCAAGAGCAUAAAUUUAUUUCCGGUUGAGAUCCCAGUCGAACCAAGUUAUGUAUCCCAGGAUGCUGAUAAGGGUGAAAACAGUAUAUAUGACAGUGAAGUUAGACUCGAUCAAGUUAUAUAAUGAUAGAAGACAGGCAUGUGUACGGAGAUUGUGCAAGUAAAUACAUACAUAGAAAGAGUAUAUAUGGCCAUCAGUAAAUUUCAUGCUACCAGUAAUCAGUGUGUGAAGUAUAUGUCAGUAAUCCCUUUUUACGUUUGUAAAUAUGUAAUUACCCCAUAGAGAGAAAAAGGUCCAGUAUAAUCUUACAUAUAGAUCUAUAUUGAUCUAAUGCCAGAAGCAGAGUUAAUUAAAGAGUAUUAUAACCCUUGUAUGAGUAAUUUAUAUGUAUAAUUUUCACGGUUACUAGCA